AUGCCUAAAACACACCAAGAAUCAAGCAGAGUCGUCGCAAUCAUGAAAAAAUACCUUCUCUCCCUUCUCGCUGCGGUGACCUACACCACCGCGCAGUCCGUUUCUGGAUCUGCUGAGGGCUUCGCCUCAGGCGUCACCGGCGGCGGCGGCGCAACCCCCGUUUAUCCUGCUGACACGGCCGAGCUCGAGAGCCUUCUCUCCAGCGAAGGGGAGCAGGUAAUCGUGCUCACAAAGACCUACGACUUCACCGGCACUUCUGCUACCGGCACAGCAUGCUACUCGUGGGGUACCGGAGAAGGGUGCCAGCUAAUCCUGCAGGACGACUGCGGCGACACCCCCAGCACCACAGUGACGUAUGAUGCGGCCGGUAAAACCCCGAUCCCCGUUGCUUCAGACAAGACGCUGUUGGGUGUGGGCAGUGAAGGUGUGAUCAAGGGCAAGGGUCUGAGCUUCACGGACAACGUGAGCAACAUUAUUGUGCAGAACAUCAAGAUCACGGAACUGAACCCGGAGUAUGUGUGGGGUGGAGAUGCGUUGACCUUUGACGGGUCAAGUAACAUCUGCAUUGAUCAUGUCGAGACGUCCCUUAUCGGCCGCGUCCACUAUGUCUUCGGCUACAAUCCGAACAGCGGCAUCACCUUGUCGAACAACUUCAUCAACGGCGAAACUACCUACUCUACCAGCUGCGACGGAUACCAAUACUGGGGCUUGGAGCUAGUCGGCAAGAACGACUCCAUCACAUUCAAAGGAAACUAUCUCUACAAAACCUCCGGCCGCAGCCCUGCCCUUAGCGGAAGCACCAAGUUCCACGCUUGCAACAACGUCUGGUCCGACAACAACGGCCACGCGAUCGAAGGUAACGAAAAAGGGCAAGGUUUGUUCGAAGGAAAUGUCUUCCAGGAAGUGGCUACAGUGGUCUCGUCAACUUUCUGGGAAGCUGGGGAUCUGUUCCUAUCGUCCGCUGAUGGAACUGGCAAUGAUGCCUGCGCAAGCUACAUUGGCCGCAACUGUGCAUCCAGCAUUUACAUGAACGACGGCGGCGAUUACACCAGUUAUACCGAUGUUAGCUGGCUGGGUGAUUGGUCUGGUUUGACCAUUGCGGAGUGUGCAGAGGCGAGAGAGAUUGAGGGCACUGUGCCAACGAGUGCUGGAAACACGCUCUAG